UGAAUGACCUUACUUUGAGGUCGACGAUUCUCAGCACAAACAUUACAAACGCAAUUUUGUGUGCGCUUGUACUGCAGGGAGGCACUAAAUUGUUAUAUUACAGAGUUCACGUGGCGUUAUCGCAGGGAAUAAUGGUGGAAUCAGACAGUGAGGGAGAUUCCAGUGAUUCCACAUCUUCCAGUGAAGCAUCACCAAUCCCAGAAAGGGAAAAGAAAUCCAGGAGAAGAGAGAAGGAUGCUAGAGAUGAGCAUGGGAGGACGGGAAGAAGGUCCCCAUCCCCAAGACGUAGAUCAACCCGGAGACAGAGUUCAGGGGAAAAUGAGAGAAGGAGGGAUAAACAGGAGGUAGAAGAGAAAAAGGACAGAUCUUUAUCAGAUGAAGAAGGUGUGGAUAGUAGGGACAAGCCUCAUUUGAGGAAAUCUGUCAAGAGUGAUGAUACUGAAGAUGGAAGGUCAAGAAGGAGAGAAGAUGAUGGAGUCAUUAAUAGAAGACACAAAUCUGAUGAUGAGCUCUCAGUUGGUGCGGACUCAGAUAUUGAGACACUGCAAGAAGGCAUCCCAGAACCAACCGUGCAACAGAAGCAGCAAAGGAAGCCAGCUAGGUUUGACAGUGACAGUGAUGACAGUGAGAGUAGUGUUUCCUGGAGAGAACGAAGGGUGAAAAGUGUUCUACUAAGCAAUGAGCAACCAGUAGAGGACAGACGAAGCUGGGACUAUGCAUCCGAUGAUGAAGAUGGAAGAGGGAAAAAGAUGCAGAGUGCAGUGGGUAGCAACAUCAUCCAUGGCAAUGUGAGAGAGACUGAAGGAGGAGAUGAAGAUGGUGAGAUGGACCAGGAUGGAGACAGAGAAGAGAGAAGGAAGGAGGAUAAGGAUCAGGAUAGCACGGAUAGAGAACGAGGGAGAAAUAGAGAGAGGGAACAUGAUAGAGACCGUGAUCGCAGGAGGGAAGGAAGAGAUAGAGAGGAGAGAGACAGAAGAGGACGAGAUGGUGAUAGAUCCAGGCCCAGGGGAGAGGAACGCGAUCGAAGAGAUAGAUCUCUUUCACCAAGCCACUACAGCAGGAUGAAAGACAAGUACGAGGACCGGUUCCGAGGCGGUUCUAGGCGAGACAGAUUAGAGGAGGGAGAGGUCGAGGAGACAGGAGGAUAUGAAGAUGCAAGGAGAAGAUUCAGGAAUAGAAGAUUUAGAGAAGAGGAGGAAGAGAGAAUGAAGCGUAAUGAAGACAGAGACCAAGAUAACAGCCGACGGAGAAGAAGAGAAGAUGGAGAGGAGAACAAGGAGAAUGCUGCUCCACCUCCCAAGAAGAAGAAGCCAGAAAUAGAUCCUCUUCUCACAAGGACUGGUGGAGCUUACAUCCCUCCAGCUAAACUAAGGAUGAUGCAAGCACAGAUUACUGAUAAAACAAGUGUUGCAUAUCAGAGGAUUUCAUGGGAAGCACUGAAGAAGAGUAUCAAUGGUCUGGUGAAUAAGGCUAACAUCUCCAAUCUUGGCUUGAUUGUACAAGAGAUGCUACAGCUCAACAUUGUACGAGGACGUGGUUGGUUAGCUAAAGCAGUGGUUGAUGCUCAGUCUGCCUCACCUACCUUCACUCAUGUGUAUGCAGCAUUUAUAGCCAUCAUCAAUACAAAGUUUCCACAAAAUGGAGAACUCAUCUUGCGACGACUCAUCACUAACUUCAAGAAGGGUUAUCGCCGUAAUGACAAGAAGCUUUGUCUCUCCUCAACCAGGUUUAUUGCUCACUUGGUCAACCAGCAAGUGGCUCAUGAGGUAGUAUCACUGGAGAUACUAACCCUGUUGUUAGAGCAAGCUACAGAUGACAGUGUGGAAGUAGCUGUGGGAUUCCUCAAGGAAGUUGGACAGAAACUAACAGAACUUUCACCAAGAGGAAUCAUGGCCAUCUUUGAGAGACUGCGUAGCAUCCUUCAUGAGGCUAAGAUAGAGAAGAGAGUUCAGUACAUGGUAGAGGUUAUCUUUGCCAAUCGUAAGGAUGGUUUCAAGGAGUUUCCUGCGGUCAUUGAAGAACUGGACUUGGUCGAGGAAGAUGACCAGUAUACUCAUCUACUCACACUUGAAGAUGAUUACCAAACAGAAGAUAUACUCAAUGUUUUCAAGGCUGAUCCAGAGUUUCUAGAGAACGAAGAGAAAUACAAAGCAAUCCGUAAAGAGAUCUUAGAUGAAGACAGUGAGGAUUCUGGAUCAGGUGGUGAGAGUGGAUCAAGUGAAGAAGAUUCUGAUGAACAAGAAGCAGCAGAACAAGAGAAGAUGGAGAUACAGGAUAAGACCGAGACGAACCUGACGGCUCUAAGACGUAUCAUCUACCUCACCAUCCAGUCCAGUCUGGACUUUGAGGAGUGCACUCAUAAGAUGCUCAAGAUGGAGUUGAAGCCAGGCCAAGAGAAAGAAGUGUGUCUCAUGAUCCUGGAUUGCUGUGCUCAACAGAGGACGUAUGAGAAGUUCUUUGGACUAUUAGGACAGAGGUUCUGUCAGCUGAAGCAGGAGUAUGUAAGGGAAUAUGAAGGGAUCUUUGGUGAGCAGUAUGAUACAUGUCAUCGUCUAGAUACCAACAAACUGAGGAAUGUAGCCAAGUUCUUCUCUCAUCUGCUCUUCACAGAUGCCAUCUCAUGGACGGUCAUUGAAAGCAUUCAUCUGAAUGAGGAGGAAACCACUUCUUCAAGUCGUAUCUUCAUUAAGAUUCUCUUCCAAGAACUAUCAGAGUACAUGGGACUUCCAAAACUCAAUGACAGACUCAAAGAUGCAACCCUAAUGCCAUUCUUUGAAGGCAUGCUACCUAGGAACAACCCUGCUCAUACAAGAUUUGCCAUCAACUUCUUCACCACCAUUGGUCUUGGAGGUCUCACGGAUGAUCUACGUGAUCAUCUGAAGAACUUCCAGCGACAGAUCAUGCAGCAACAGCAACCCUUAGAAGAGAGUGACAGCGAUGAUAACGAUAGUGAGGAGGAGGAAGAAGAAGAGAGUAGCAGUGAAGAAAGUGAGGAAGAAGAUAAGAGAAAGAAGAAGAAGAAAAAGAAGAGACAGGAGAGUAGCGGCGAGGAUAGUGAAGAAGCUGACAGAAGUAGAAGAAGGAAGAAGAAGGAGAAGGAAAAGAAGCAGAGAAGGAGAAGGAAGGAAUCAACGGAUAGUGGGAACGAAGACAAAUCUUCAGAUGAGGAAUCAGAUAGUGAGACCUCUGGAAGCGAUGAUGAAAGAAGGAGAAAGAGAAAGUCUGAAAAGCCCAGGAGAGAAGAGAAAAAGCGCCAAACCAAACCAGACUCUCACCACGGACGAGAGCAAGGACAAAAGAAAUCAGAUCGCAGACAGAGGGAGGUACAAAGUGAGAGUGAAGAUGGUGAAGAACUAAUUAAUAAUAUUUCACAGAAAGAAAGAGAUAGAGAUAGACAUCGUGGAGAGGACAGGGAUAGACGUCGUGAAGCAGAACAUGAACAGGAGAGACCUAGUCGAAGGGGAAAAGAAAGAGAAGGUGAGAAGGAAAGGAGAAGGGGUGAUGACAAACACACAAGAAGAGAGGAUGAUGGUAAACAUAGGGAAAGAGGAAGGGAAAGGGAUGGAGAUCAAAGAAAACAUAAUAGAGAAGUAGAGGAAAAGGAUAGUGAUGAAGAACUAGCAACUAGGCUUAGAGAACAACUGAGGAGGGAGGAUGAAAGAGAGGAAAGAAGGAGUAAGGAAAAGAGAAGAAACCGAGAGGGUAGUGAUGAAGAACUAGCAAAUAGGCUUAGAGAACAACUGAGGAGGGAAGAUGAAAGAGAGGAAAGAAGGAAUAAGGAAAAGAGGAUAAACAGAGAGGAUAGUGACGAAGGUAAGGAAGUCAGAAGAAAAGAAAAGGAAAGAAGCAGAGAUGAAAGAAAGAAACAUGGUAUGGAAGAAGAGUCUGUUAAAGAUGGAAGAAAGCAGGAUAGAGAUAGGAGAAACAAAAGGGAGGAAAAGCAAAGAGAAGAUAAAGAUAGAAAUGAAAGAAAGCGAGAAGAUAAUUCAAGAGGUAGACAGGAAAGGGGAGAUGAUGAAGAAGAACAAGAUGAAAGACAUAGUAGAAGAGGAAGGAAAGAUGAAAGACAGAGAAUGAUGAAAGAAGAUCAAAGGGGAGGGAGAGGUGAGGAAAGAAGAAGAGAAAGGGAUCAGGAUGUAUCAUCAGAUGAUGAAAAUAACAGGUCCAACAAGUCCAAAGGAAAAGAGAAGACAAAGACGAAGACGGAUGAUAGAAGAGGGAGGGAAGAGGACAGAAUGAGAGAAAAAGAUUCAUCUUCAGAUGAGGAAAGUACGAGAAGGUCUAGAGAUAAAGGUCGCAGAGAUAAAAUUCCAGAGAAGAAAAGAAGUAAAAAAGAUGAAGAGAGAAUGGAGAGAGUUGAAGAAAGGAGGAGGGGAAGAGAUGAAUCUUCAGAUGACGAAGAUAUAAGAAGGUCUGAUGGCAAAGGCAACAGAGAAGUAGCAGAGAAGAAAAGAAGUAAAAAUAAGAAGGAGGAGAGAAGGAGGGAAAGAGAAGUAUCUUCAGAUGACGAAGAUAUAAGAAGGUCUGAUGGCAAAGGCAACAGAGAGGUAGCAGAGAGGAAAAGAAGUAAAAAUGGGAAGGAGAGAAGGAGGGAAAGAAGUGUAUCAUCAGAUGAGGAAGAUACCCGUAGGUCUAAAGAUAAGGGUUCCAGAGAAGAGAUGCCAGAGAAGAAAAGGAAUAGAAUUGAGAAUGAGAGGAGCGGAAGAGAUGAAGAUAGGAGGAGGGAAAAGGUGAGAGAAGAUAGUUCAGAUGACAUGAGGCGAUCUAAAGAACAAAGCCACAGAGAUGAAAGAGAAGAUGGUAAAAGGAGAGGAGAAGAAAGAAAAGAUGAAAGGAGAAAGGGAAGGGAAGAAAGAAGACAUGAAGAUAGGCAGGACAAUGAUAGGUCUAGGGAUGGUGAUAAAAAUGAAAGAAGAAAAAGGGAAGAACGGAUGGAGACUGAUAGUAGAAGCCGGAGUGGGAGUAGUAGAAGGCAUACAGAAAGCGAGGAAAAUGAAAUCGAUAGUAGAUCAAGGCAAGGAAGAGAUGAGAGAGAAGUAAGAAGACAGAGAAUUGAUGAUAGAGGACAUAUUGAUCGAGAAGACUUGGCAAGACACGAUAGGGAUAGAAUAGACAAAUUAGAAAGAGAGAGAGCAGAUGAGAGAACAGAAAGCACAAAUGAUCAGAAACGUGGGGAUCAAAGGAAAAAGAAGGAAGAGGUAAAAGAAUCAAGCAGUGAAGAGGAGGACAGUAGUGAGGACAAUUCAAGUGAGGAUUCCAGUAGCGAGGAAGAGAGCGAGGUGGAAGAGAAGAAAGAUGAUGGUAGGAGAGAGGAAAGGAGGAAAGCUGAGAGCAAUCUUGAGAGGGAUGAACAGAGAAGAGCAAAUGAAUUAAAGACUGGUAAGACUACACAAGAAGACAGUGAUGAUAGUGACAGUGAUGAAAGUGAGAGUGAAAGUGAUGAUAGUAGUGAUAGUGAUGAUAGUGAUAGCGAAGAGAGUGAGAAGGAAGAAGUAUCAUCUUCUCAUAGGAAAGAGGAAGAGCGCAAGAGAGAGCAUCCUGAGCCUGUGAAAGAGCAAAGCGAAAGUGAAGACAGCAGUGACAGUGAUGACAGUGAUAGUGAUGAUAGUGAGGAAGAGGAAGAUAGUGAAAAGGAGAGUGAGAAGAGUGAUGAACAGAGAGUGGUAAAUAAUGUGCAAAGAGACCAUAGAGGAAGACCAGAACGAGAUGAGAGAAAAAGGCGAGAAGAACCAAGAGAAGAGAUAAGAAGCAGAGAUAACAAGUCUUUCAAUCCUAUAGAUAGAAGGAGAAAUAGAGAGGAUGAUGGUAAAAGGAAUACUAAUGAACAUGAAGAAAGAAGAGAUAGAAGAUAUGAGAAGGAAGAGUACGUAUCAGAUAGGCAUAGUAGUAGGGAUAGAGAGCAAAUGGAUAGAAGUAGAGAGAGGGGAUCUAGGGACCGGAGAGAUAGGCGGUGACUUCAGAAGUAAUUCUUAACUAAUCAUAUUGAUUAUGGAGGCAAUGAUUCGCUCAGUUGUAGAUAGCAGCAUUGAUCAAGUUUCUGUUAUUUUCAGAUUGAUUGAUAUUUUGUAAAUUAAUUUGAAACUAUAUCUCAAUAUGUUUCCUUAAACUGUCACAAUGAGUAGGGAUACUGAUUGUACUUUUCUGACCAGGGUAAUAUGUGAAAAGCGCCAUGAGCGUCACCACCUGGUGGAUACCGGCGCUAUAUAAAUGCCCAUAUCAUUAUUAUUAUGAUAAAAAUAUUAAAAUGUAUCCCUCAUUCUUCAAUGUCUGAUUCUAUCACUGUGGGAAACCCUAUUGAUUACACUUGUUUCAAGCUGAUGUAUGUUUUUGAAUGGCUAACAUUCUAAGGUAAAGUUACAGCCUCUAUUCAUCAGUAUGCUUUGAUAGGGUCUGUUUGGAGCCAGAAGGUUGCUAACUAAUAUCACCUUACACAGAGUUAAUGCCCUCCUGGCUCCAAACAGAUUAUAUUGCAAUUGAAAGUUAAAGAAGACAGGAAAACUUUCUGUUAUUAGCAGCAAAAUUGAACAUUUUCAAAUGUUUGCUGACUUACUCUUGAAGUAUCUAGACUUGAUGAGUUCUUGUAAAUUCUUUAAUUACAAAUCAGGGUAGUGAUUGACUAACCAUUUAUACUGUAUACCAUCUCAAGUAUGAUUUUAUCAAGUGUUUAUUUCCCAUUAAGGUUAGAUUUCUUCUAUCAGAGACUACUUGAUGGUUUCAUAUCCUAUGUUAUAUGUACGUGUAUGCCUAUGCUGCAUAGUGACUGAGAAGUACAGCUCCACAUGCUUUGAUGAAGGUCAUUGGCUGAAGGUCAUUUGCUGAACAGAAUGUAUUACAUGCUAUUAUGUUUGGCUCAUCAUUAUACAGAUUUUAAGAGUGAAACCUACCAAGAAGCUACAAAUACUUUUUUUUUCAUUAUUGCAAGCUGACCAGAGGUGUAUCGAUCCCUCGUAGUUUAAAUAGUAUAAUGACUUGUCCUUUUGAUACGUACAUAAUAAUGGUUGAUGGUGUGGGAAUGUAAUGGGAGAAUAAAAUAUGUUCUCUGUGAUCCAGAUAGAUACAAAGCUACGGUCAUCAACAUGAAAUCCUACCAGGGUAUUGAUGUGUCAAGGGUACUGCCAUUUGAUGGGGUUCAUGUAAAGUAUUAUCCUGCAGUACAUAAUAAUGAUCUUUGAAACUCCUCUUCUUAUCAUCUUAUCUUGGCUAAUUGCCAGUGAGUAUAAUAAUAGAACAUACAUGUACAGAAUGGUGUGUAUUGUUUCUGUAGAAACAGCAAAAGAUUGAAAUAUAUUUUCACAUUAUUCAUGAUUACAAGGUUUAUAUAGAGGUUGGAGAUGUUUUGAAGUGCUAACGAUGCUCAAAGCAAAUGCUGCUAUGCCGUGACAACAGAUUUUUAGAUAUUUCCUUAGUUAUUUCUGUGGCACAGUCCUCUUUUCAGAUGCAAGAUUGCAUUUGAUUUUACAUGAAAUGCACAAAACUAUACUACUCUGUGUCAUAUAGUGCUGCAUGUAAACGUAUAUUGGUCUCCUGGCACAGAUUAUUAUUGGACACAUCUUAACGAGAAAUAGCAUUGAUCACCAUUACCACACUCCUUUGUCUUCUCUAGAUCUGUCACAUAUGGUCUCAUUUCUAAGGGAUCAUGGUUUAAUUUACUUUAGAUAUUUGAUUUAGUUUCCAGUUGUAACAAGUUUAUUUGGUCACUGGCGUUCAUGUAUUGUUUGCUUGUUUUGUUUGAUCAUAUUGUAACUCUUUAAAACUGUUUCAGAUUUCAACUUAAUGCAUAAGUUAUAUUAAUGUCAGAUGUGUGGGUUGUUAGGUAUUAUGCUCUGAUACUAGGCAGAAUCCUUACCAGCAUUAUCUUGAUUUGUAUACAUCAUGUAGAUAUGAAUGAUUCCCUUUUUGCCAUUCCAUGUCCACCAAAUAGGACUGUUGUUAUAAAUGUAGAUUGCAGGUUGAUGAUUUCUAAUCUUUCAACCAAUAUAUUUCACAAAACAAGAGACGUAUGAAGCAUGUUCCUGGGGAAAUUUAGUUACGGAAAGCUGCUGAUCAUAGAAGAAUAACAAAAUCAUGGAUGUGUGUUUCCAUAGUGGAUUACUCUUUAUGUUUGGGAAAUAUAUUGCUUCUACCUUUAUUUCAUUUAUAUUUUGUUUUUAUUAUUGUAUCAGAUGUUUUCAUUAUAAACAUUCUUUUGUAUAGAGGAGAACAUACAGCGAUUAAAUGUAUGAGUUACAAAACACACUGCUUUCCCUUUCUCUUUUGAUUUGUGGAAGAAAAUUGACAUAUUUCCCUUCUUUAGAUUUCCUUGUUUUUCGUACUGUCGGAGAAUAGGUUGAUGUCAUGUAGAUAUGUGCCCAAUCUAAACAUGUAUAUACUGUCACUGUUUUGUACACAAACUUAUUGUGUAAAAUGCUUUGAAUGAAAUAUUUUGAAUAAAAGUUCAUUCACUUAUA